UGCAUAUUAGACUGAAGUUAGAUUAUUUUUUAUUUUAUUUUUAAUGCUAGUAAAAAAAAUAAUGAGACAUGCAGCACUGACUGUUGUGUUUGUUUAUAAAAGCCUUUUGCACAUAUAUAUGCGGGAUCUGUUCACGUUACAGUAAGGAGCUGCAAACAUAAUAAACAUUUCUCUUCUGCUCUAGAAAACUGCUCGAGGGUUAAACAAACAAAAAAAACAAAACAAUGUCCAUUUGUCUAGAAAGCGAUCUGUCUUAAUAACUUGCCUUAACUUCUUCGUGAAAGGAAUAGAUUUCGAUGGUGAUUUCUGCGAAGGCGCCGCGGUUAUCGAAAUGAUCGAUGUGCAUGAUCGAUAGGAAAUGAAUCUUAGGCACAAUGAGGCUCUUAGACAUUCAUAACACGUGUGAUUGCACAUUAGGUACAGUUACAAAUGUUUCCGACUGUCAAGAGUAUUGUUUCUCGUGCUGUAUGGGUUUGGCAUGUGCCUGUUGUGUUGGUCUGGUAUCAAGGUAGUGGUAGUGUGGUAUAUUUGUAGUACUGGUGUAUUGAUCCAGUUUUAGACUAUCAUUGUGCUUUAGUGUUGUAGUAUCAGUAUAGCUGAGAAGCGUCGUACUGUGUAGUAUCCAUGUCUCAUGUGUCUUAAGUUAAGUUGUCUUUGUGUGUCACAUAUACAUUACGGCACAGCGAAAUUCUUUCUUCGCAUAUCCCAUCCUUGGGGGUUGGGGUCAGAGCGCAGGGUCAGCCUUGAAGCAGCGCCCCUGCAGCAGGGUGGGUCAGGGGCCUUGCCCAAGGGCCCAACGGUGGCAGCUUGGCAGUGCUGGGGCCCGAACCUUGCUUUUCCGUUCAAUGACCCAGAGCCUUAACCAUUUGAGCUACCACCGCCCCAGUAUUCAGUAUCGUGUCAGUAUUGCUGUAUAUGAAAGUGUCUGUAGUAUUGAUGUAUUGAUCAGAGUCUUGUCGUCUCAAUGUAUUGAUACAGAUGUGUCAUAAUAUUGUAGUAUCAAUGUAGAGUAUUAGUUCGAUGUAGUUGAUCCGUUGUAUUGAUGCAUAAAUACCUCAGACAAUGUCUUAAUACUGUUACAUUGUAUUAAAGUAUUGGAGUAUUUGUAGUAUUGGUGUAUAAGCAAGUAUCAGAGUGUCAUUGUAUUGUAUCGGUGUGAUCAUAUAGCAGCAGGUACAAGUGUCCAUAAUAUUAGUGUAGUGUACUAAAAAUUACAUAACAUACGAGCAAGCACUGACAGGUGAAGUGAAUAAGACUGAUGAUCUCAUCAUGGCACCUGUUAGUGGGUGGGAUAUAUUAGAGGGAGCAAGUGAACAUUUUGUCGUGCGUUGAUGUGUUAGAAGCAGGAAAAAUGGGCAAGCAUAAGGAUUUGAGCGAGUUUGACGAAGGGCCGAACUGUGAUGGCUAGAUGACUGAAUCAGAGCAUCUCCAAAACUGCAGCUCUUGUGGGGUGUUCCCGGUCUGCAGUGGUCAGUAUCUAUCAAAAGUGGACCAAGGAAGGAACAGUGGUGAUCCGGUGACAGUUUCAUGGGCGGCCAAGGCUCAUUGAUGCACGUGGGGAGUGAAGGCUGGCCCGUGUGAUCCGAUCCAACAGACGAGCUACUGUUGCUCAAAUUGCUGAAGACGUUAGUUCUGGUUCUGAGGUGUCAGAAUACACAGUGCACGACGGGUCAGGGCUGUUUUGGCAGCAAAAGGGGGACCAACACAAUAUUAGGCAGAAAGGCAUCAGUGAAUUGACUCAUGGGAUGGACACUAUGAACCCUCCAGGAACUGGAUAUUAAAAGAUACCUACAAUAAAACAAUAAUAAAAUCAAAUGUGAACGUUUACUCAACAUGCUAUACGAAUGGGAAAUCUGGGACAUCUGCACCGUAGGCUGAACCUGCAACAACCUGCCCUCUUCUGAGCCAUUUCAAUUCCUCUGAUGUGAUUUUGUCUUCUUUUUUUUAAGAAGCACCAUCACUGAAUAACCCGAUGCGUCCUCGAAGCCUGCAUGUCUGGCGCAAUGGCUUGGUGUGUGCAUAGCUAGCCAUAAAUCCGUUACCAUGGCUCAGACGAGUUUACUGCAGGGAAAGCGCUUCUACUGCCGAGAGUGGGUUUUCCACAAGAUCCAGCACUGCCUCCAGGAGAAGACUGGCACUUCCUGCGGCCCAGGAAGGGAAGGUGCACCUGUCUCGGGUGGUGGCACCUCAUCAGGUGCAGGGAAAUCAGGAUCAUGGGGCGUUUUGCUGGUUGGAGGACCGGGAAGCGGCAAAACAGCACUUUGCACGGAGCUGCUGUGGCCAAGCUCGCAGCACGGCAAUCAUCGCGGUUUAAGCCAAUUCUGCCUCGCAUUUCACUUCUGCCGCGCCGACGAUUCUGACACGGUGUGCGUGAGCGGGUUCAUACGUGGCCUGGUGACACAAAUCUGCAGAAGCGGGCUCGUACCACAGUACGAGGAGAAAAUUCGUGACUCUGCCAUCCAGAACGCGCUGAAGCCUGGAGAGUGUGAGAGGAACCCGAGUGAGGCGUUUAAAAGGUGUGUGCUGCUGCCGCUUUUGAGCUGCGCUCCUCCUCCUCAGGCUCUGUUUUUGCUUGUCGACUCCAUAGACGAGGGAAUGAAAGGUGGAGGGACAGAGUCCAGCUCCGGCCCCUUGAACCCACGCAGCAUCGGCGAGCUUCUGUCCUCCCACCAUGAACUCCUCCCACCAUGGCUCCUCCUCAUCUGCUCCGCCCGGCGACAGAACAAAAACAUCACCAAGCUUUUUACAGGUUUCCGCAAAAUCAGUCUGGAUGACCUGCGCAAAGCUUACAUUGUUAAGGAUGUUCAGCAAUACAUCCUGCACAGGCUAGACCAGGAAGAGGCACUAAGGCAACACCUGACCAAGGAGACCGCAGAAAUGCUGAACCAGCUCCAUAUUAAAAGCAGCGGCUGUUUCUUGUACCUAGAGCGUGUACUGGAUGGCGUGGUCGAUAACUUCAUCAUGCUCCGUGAGAUCCGCGACAUUCCGGGAACACUAAAUGGACUCUACCUGUGGCUCUGUCAAAGACUUUUUGUCCGAAAACAAUUUGCCAAAGUACAACCCAUCCUGAACGUCAUUCUGGCCACAUGCAGGCCUUUGACAGUGAAGGAGCUGUACCAUGCCGUCUGGACUAAAAACAUGACCCUGACCAUGGAGGAGUUUCAGAAAAAGAUGGACAUUCUCUCCAAAUUGCUUGUGGAUGGGCUCGGAGGUACCAAGAUUCUUUUUCACUACAGUUUUGCUGAGUGGCUACUUGAUGUUAAGCACUGCACUCAGAAAUACCUUUGCAACGCUGCUGAGGGUCACCGCAUGAUGGCUAUGAGCUAUACGUGUAGAGCCAAACAGCUUAAACCUCUGGAGGUGCAGGAGUUUGCUUUUCACUUGAUCAACUCCAACCUGCAGAUUGAACCUUUUAACCUGGCUCUGUGGAUGGUGUGGAAUGGCACACCUGCAAAAGACUCCCUUUCUACAUCCAUUCCCAAAGAGCAGGAGGUCUUGCAGCUUCUGGUCAAAGCUGGAGCUCACAUCAGCAGUGAGGAUGAUCAUGCUUCAUGCAUUGUUCAGCAAGCACUGGAGCGAGAGGAUUCUAUCCGCACUUUGCUCGAUAACGGUGCCUCAGUAAACCAAAGUGACUCCAGCGGACGUACUCUACUGGCUAAUGCGGCGUACAGCGGCAAUCUGGAUGUGGUGAAUCUCCUCAUUUCCAGAGGUGCCAAUAUGGAGCUUGAAGACAACCACGGACAGACACCACUCACACUUGCUGCCAGACAAGGACACACCAAGGUAGUUAACUGUCUGAUCGGCUGUGAUGCCAAUAUCAACCAUACAGAUCAUGAUGGGUGGACAGCUUUAAGGUCGGCAGCUUGGGGUGGUCACUCUGAAGUGGUAUCGGCACUCCUCUAUGCAGGUGCUAAGGUUGACUGUGCAGAUGCAGACAGCAGAACUGCCCUGAGAGCUGCAGCAUGGGGAGGUCAUGAGGAUAUUGUCCUUAACCUUUUACAGCAUGGGGCAGAAGUCAACAAGGCUGAUAAUGAAGGAAGGACUGCACUCAUUGCGGCAGCGUACAUGGGACACAGAGAGAUUGUCGAGCACCUGCUGGACCAUGGUGCUGAGGUAAACCAUGAAGAUGUCGAUGGACGGACAGCUUUGUCUGUUGCAGCCCUCUGUGUCCCUGCUAGCAAAGGCCACGCCUCGGUGGUCAGUCUUCUGAUUGACCGUGGUGCUGAAGUGGACCACUGUGAUAAAGACUGCAUGACUCCUCUUCUGGUUGCUGCCUAUGAAGGGCAUGUGGAUGUAGUGGAUUUGCUUUUAGAAGGAGGAGCGGAUGUUGACCAUACAGACAAUAACGGAAGAACUCCUUUGCUUGCUGCAGCAUCAAUGGGACAUGCUUCUGUUGUCAAUACGUUGCUCUUUUGGGGUGCAGCCGUAGACAGUAUUGAUAGUGAAGGAAGGACUGUGCUCAGCAUUGCAUCUGCUCAAGGGAACGUGGAGGUAGUCAGAACUCUGCUGGACAGAGGCCUUGAUGAAAAUCACAGAGAUGAUGCUGGUUGGACACCUUUACACAUGGCAGCAUUUGAGGGACAUAGGCAGGUGUGUGAUGCUCUCAUUGAACAAGGUGCUCGAUGCUCAGAGGUGGACAAUGAUGGACGUAUACCCUUGAUCCUUGCUGCUCAGGAGGGACAUUAUGACUGUGUGCACAUCCUUCUUGAGAAUAAGUCCUGCAGUGAUCAGAGAGGGUAUGAUGGAAGAAACUCCCUCAGGGUUGCAGCCAUGGAAGGACACAGAGAUAUUGUUGAGCUUUUGCUAAGUCAUGGAGCUGACAUAGACUACAAAGAUGCUGAUGGCCGCCCGACCUUGUACAUACUGGCGCUUGAGAAUCAGCUAGGCAUGGCAGAGUAUUUUUUAGAGAAUGGAGCAAAUGUUGAGGCAAGUGAUACUGAGGGCAGGACAGCCCUUCAUGUUUCCUGUUGGCAAGGCCAUGUGGAAAUGGUGAGGUUGCUGAUUAGCUACCAUGCAGAUGUGAAUUCUUGCGACAAUGAAAAACGAUCUGCUCUUCAGUCUGCCGCGUGGCAAGGUCACACAAAAGUUGUGCAGUUUUUGAUUGACAAUGGCACUCAUGUUGAUCACACUUGCAAUCAGGGAGCCACCGCACUUGGCAUUGCUGCUCAAGAAGGUCACAUUGAUGUAGUACGGAUUCUUCUUGAGCAUGGUGCAGAUCCAAACCAUGCAGACCAGUUUGGUCGUACAGCAAUGAGGGUGGCAGCAAAAGGAGGCCACUCAAUGAUCAUCAAGCUUCUAGAGAAAUAUGGUGCCACUAGUCUGAAUGGUUGCAAUCCCUCACCUAUACAUACUAUGGAGCAGAAGACCCCGCUGUCAGUUACAGGAAAGAUGCAAUCACUUACCAUCAAAUCCAGUAGUUCAGGCAGUACAGGAGCUGGAGAUGUUCAACCAUCAGGUCGAGGUUUAUCUAAUGGACCAGUUCAUGCUUUCAGCUCCCCCUCUGAAUCUCCAGACUCCACAGUGGACAGACAGAAAUCCUCCCUCUCCAAUAAUUCCCUGAAAAGCUCAAAGAAUUCAUCACUGAGGACCACUUCAUCCACCUCAACAGCUCAGACAGUGCCCAUAGAUAGUUUCCAUGGACUUAGCUUCACAGAGCAAAUACAGCAGCACUCUCUGCCUCGAAGUCGCAGCAGACAGUCUAUAGUUUCCCCUACUUCGACCACAAAGUCCAUUGGUCCACAGCCUGGUUCUCCUACCAGUGAAUUUGACUGGAGUCAAGUCAAACCAGGCCUGAAAUCCUCUAAAGGAGGAAAGAGUGGGAAUGGGACAAACUAUUGCACAAGAAAGGAAGGAUCUGGAGACAAAAAGAAAUCUAAAAACAGUGGUUCCCUUCCACAUGGUCAGGUUUUGGAAUAUGAGAUGACUCAAUUUGAUAAAAGAGUUGCUCUCAACAAGCCAGUGUCCAACUUUGCAGUCAAGGAUCCUCAUUGCAAGAUUGUGCUAGGCGGCUCCAACACUCUGGACUCUGGCCAAUCGCAGGAGCCAUAUUAUAUCCAACAGCAGAGUUGUGCUGAAAAGAAGAGAAAUGGGAUUAUGACCAACCCUAACUAUCAUCUACAGGGAAAUCAAGUCUAUUUAGGGAGAGUCUCAGUACCCAGAACUGUGCACAACAGGAGACAUCAGGAAGUUCUUGACAACUACCCAUUAGGGGAGUCUGAAUUAAGCCUUAAACAAGCUCUGAAACUGCAGAUUGAAGGAUCAGACCCUGGGUUCAACUACAAGAAAGAGACACCAUUAUAACUGGCAUCUUAAACUGAAACCCUCAUCCAGAUCCAGAUGUUAUGGAGAAUGUGCCAAAGCAGCUGUUUUCAUCGGGAAAUAUAUAUAUCAGGGGUUGUAUGUACGAAAAAAUUCUCAGAACGAAAGUGCUUGAUCUAGAAUCAGAUUUUAUAUGUCUUAAUAAAGUCAAAUACAACGUGAAAUGAUCGAAAAAGGAACUGAUCUCCCAGAUCGGCACUUAGCUCCUGCAAUGUACAAACAUGCUCCCAGAAAUCAUUGCUACUCAGCCCUCAGUGAAACACCUCAGCUCGAAUAAAAAGGAGGAAGAAAAGGAAAAAAUUUUUAAAAAACUGUGGAAUCCUAAGGGAAGUAUCCUGAUUGCAGCAUAUGGUAAAUAAUAUGAACUGAAUAUCUAUGUGCCUACCGAUGUUACAGCCUACUCAUAUUCAUGCACAUCAUCAUUUUAAUUUAAUGUAUUGCUAUUUAAUAAGCCAUUUAUGCACUUUUUAUUUUUUCUGCAAUGAGAAAAAAAAUCUAAUCACUUAAGCUUGGUUUUCUUUUUUUUUCCCUUUAUUUUUAUGGUGCUUGUUUUUUUUUAUUGUUUUUAUUAUUUAGUUGGGUUUUUUUUUUGGUUGUUCACUUUUACAUUAAAAUUUGUCCAGUGCUUUUGUUCUACCUGUAUAAAACAACUCAAAUGUAUCAGCUGACCAAGGACAAUAAUAAGAAUAUCAAUAAUCGCCUCUGGAGCGAAAAAAAACGUUUAUCAAAAUUCCCUCCGUAAAUCUUGUCAAUCUUGUCAAUAAGUCAGUCGGUAUGCAUUUAAUAGUAAUGGCAGAUACAACUUACUCCCAUUCUGUGUAGUUAAAUAUAUUUAUUUUUGAAAAAAACUUUUAGUUGUCAUACUAUUUCAUGGUGCUGUGUGCAGGUUUUAUUUACGGUAAUUUGUCGUCUUUCUCACCUACAUUGUCUUAGUUUCGCUUUUUUUUUUAAACCAUGUUUAUUGUAGUAUUACCGAUGCCCUGAGGGGGCGGGGUUUAUGUGACCCCGCCUUGUAUUUUUAUUUAGUCCCUGUGGGACCUUUUUUUCUUUUGUUUUGCUUGUUUUUUUAACCAUUUAUUAUUAUGUUGAAUUAUUUACAGUCAUAUUUAAACACAAAUAGAAUUUGGUGCUAUAUAUGGUUAAAAAAAUAAAUAAAUAAAUAAAAAUAGGUUAUCUGUAAUUGACCGUAGGUUCAAUUUUUCGCCUCAAGACAAUUUUCCAGACUAUAAGACACCUUCUUUUUGAGAAUGUAUUGUGUCCAGAUCUGUACAACUAAAUAACAUAUGUUAUACAAAAUCCUACCAAUAAAUGAAGUGAAUUUAUUUAAACACGUCAUCAUGGCAAGCACAAAUUACCAAUUGUUUUUGUUUUGUUUUUGCAUUGAUGCCAAUUUGACUGGUUUGUCAAGGGUGGACAUAUCGUAUCGGUCAAAGAAAAUCUCCAAAGUGUAGGUUCUCUGGUUGUUGAACCUACUUGUCCAUAGGCUACCGUUUUGUCCACCACUGAAUGACAUCUACAUUAAAAUUUACCUAUAAAUGUGUCUGAAACAACCUGCGACAUGCUCAAGACUUAAACAAGAAUAUUAAUGUUAAUAAUUUAAACAAAUUUAUUGUCAUACUACGACCUAAACUAUCGCUAAAAUCUGUGUGAAGAAGCGAUUGAGGUUUAAGGAUGAGAAAAUCAUCAUUGCUUUUUUAGCUACAUUAGCCUUAUAGUUACAAUGCAAACCUAAAGAAAUAAACACUGUACACCAGAUGCUAAUUUCGGGUUUUUUACCACAUCGUUCAUCACAUUGUUCCUUCUUCUUAGACUUUUGAAAGGACGCAACAUAGAGAUUUUAUUUUCUCAAAUAAACGUGUCUUAUAGUACGAAAAAUAUGGUAUUUAAAAUAUAAAUUAACAAAUUUAUUUUUCAGUCUAGGCUUCGACCGUCAAUGUGACAAUUCUGUAUCGUUAUGCUAAGUCUGAUGAAAUGUUCUCUUUGUCAAAAUAUUAAACUGAAGAAAAAAACAAACCUGGUAAAGAGGCUAGAAAUUUUCUUGCCUAUGAACAUAUCAAAGUAAUCCAUAGUUUGGGUUUCAGGGCAUCAUGUGAAAUGUGUUCUCGUUAUGCCAAAGUUGAAACAGUAACUAGAAAUCGAGUGAAUUUGUACGAGUGUAUGUAGCGCUUCGUUUUACGCUGCUGGCAGUGAGAGCUGAAGAAUAAAAGAAAGGUAAUAACAGAAAAUAACAAUAAUAAUAAAAUACAUUUGAAAGCUCAGGAUGUCAGAACAAGAGCCUUUCAAACGAAGGUAAAGAGAGAGAGAGAGCCAGUGAGAGAGUGUCUUUUGAAAAAGAAAUUCUCGACAGUAUUCAGAAACGUUAAGCCAUCUGUUGACCUGCAGUGUUGCUUCAUUAUCUUUUUCUGUUCCUCCACCCUGCAUGUCUGUCUGUCUAUUCUGUGUAAUAUCUCAACCUCGGGGUCUGAUGAAAGAAGUGUGAGAUUGGAUUGUAAAUAGCUUGACCAUGUACAUUUAAACUUCACUUUUUUUUUUCUUGUAUUAUAUUAAGGCGAUUUUUUCUGACGUAUAUUAAAGUGCUUAAUAAACAUAUUUGCUUUACUGCUGAA